AGCACGCAGGCACAUAUAAUGUUCCAACUAUUAAUGAAGUUGCAGUUGUUAUGGCUGGUGACCCAUCGGAACGUCGAGAUAUACGCAUACAACGCAGGGAUAACACGGUGCAAAUAAUUCAAGACAAUCAUCGUUCUUAUGAUGCAUUGCAGUAUCCGUUGAUAUUUUGGGAAGGAGAGGAUGGUUAUCAUUUCGACAUUAAACAAAGGAAUCCAACGACAGGUGUGGAACUAACCACUAUGACAAUUAAUAAGUCACAAGGUCAAACAAUGACGAUUUGUGGAUUGGAUUUGGAAAAUCCGUGCUUUUCUCACGGUCAAUUGUACGUUGCAUGUUCAAGGGUUGGCAAACCAUCCAAUUUGUUUGUGUAUAUUCCUCAAGGAGUAACCAAAAAUAUUGUACAUCCAAUGGCACUAAGUUAGUUGAACUUUUUGUUAAUUGAAAAUAUACAAAUGUUAUAAAAUA